AUGGCAGCUACCUUCCAAACAGCUUCAACUGUGAAGGGAAGUUUUCUUCAGCGGUCAUUCCAGGGCUGUAUGCAGUUUAUUCAUGUGGAUGAUCAAUUGGUGGAUUUACAUGCAAUAGAGCAAAGAAAGUUGGGAAGUUUUGCCAAUAUUAGCAUUGAUAUGUGUGCCAUUAUUGAUCGGUGUGUGCCCAAUCAUUGUGAGCAUGGUGGGAAAUGUACCCAAACAUGGGAUAGCUUCAGUUGCACCUGUGAUGGAACUGGAUACAGUGGAGCCACAUGCCAUAACUCUCUUUAUGAACUCUCCUGUGAAGCAUAUAAACAUUUGGGCAAAACAACAGGUUCUUACUGGAUAGAUCCAGAUGGCAGUGGUGCACUGGGACCUUUGAAAGUUUACUGUGAUAUGACAGAAGACAAAGUAUGGACUACUGUGAAUCAUGACUUACAAGAGCAUUUUCCAGUGGUAAGCAACCGACCAGAGAAGCAUGCUGUGUUACAGCUUAAUUACAGUGCCACCAUGGAUCAAAUCUCAGCCAUCACUGGUAGCGCCGAGUAUUGUGAACAGUUCAUCUCCUAUGUCUGUAAACUGUCAAGGCUGCUGAACACCCCAGAUGGCAAUCCAUAUACCUGGUGGGUCGGGCGUGCCAAUGAAAAGCAGUCCUACUGGGGUGGCUCUGGACCAGGCAUUCAGAAAUGUGCCUGUGGCAUUGAACGCAAUUGUACUGAUUCAAAAUACAAUUGCAACUGUGAUGCUGAUUCAAAACAAGAGAGAAAAGAUGCUGGUCUUUUAUCUUACAAAGAUCAUUUACCUAUCAGUCAAGUGGUAGUUGGAGAUAUUGCUCGACCAGGUUCUGAUGCCAAGUUAACUGUGGGUUCUCUGCGUUGCUAUGGAGACCAGAAUUAUUGGAAUGCUGCAUCAUUUGUUACUCGAUCUUCAUAUCUCCACUUCUCUACCUUUCAAGGAGAGACUAGUGCUGACAUUUCAUUCUACUUCAAAACAUCAGCCCCUGAUGGAGUCUUCCUUGAGAAUCGGGGGAAUUCAGAUUUCAUCAAACUUGAGUUAAAAUCUGCCACAGAUGUAUCUUUCUCAUUUAAUGUGGGGAAUGGCCCAGUAGAAAUUAUUGUCAAGUCACUCCAUCUGCUCACUGAUGAUCAGUGGCAUCGAGUGAUUGCCGAGCGCAAUGUCAAAGAAGCCAGCCUGCAAGUAGAUCAGUUUCCUAGAGAAAUCCGGAAGGCUCCCACUGAAGGCCACACUCGACUAGAACUCUAUAGUCAGCUCUAUGUUGGUGCUGCAGGUGAACAGAAAGGAUUUUUGGGUUGCAUUCGCUCUUUAAGAAUGAAUGGAUUGACUCUGGAUUUAGAAGAGAGAGCAAAAGUCACUCCAGGUGUGAAACCUGGUUGUUCUGGCCAUUGCACGAGCUAUGGAAUACAUUGCAAAAAUGGUGGCAAAUGUGUUGAAAAAUAUAAUGGAUACUCAUGCGACUGUUCCCAGACAGCUUAUGAUGGUCCUUUCUGCAGUAAAGAUGUUGGAGCUUUUUUUGAAGAAGGAAUGUGGCUCCGGUAUAAUUUUUCAUCUGUGGGAAAUAAUGCGAAGGAUUCAGGGAGCAGAACUCUCUUGAGUUCCAAAGAAUCAGAGAACUUUGUGUCAGACCUCAGUCUCAAUAAAGAAGAAAUCAGUUUUAGCUUCAGCACUAGCAAAGCUCCUUGUAUCCUGCUCUACAUCAGUUCUUAUUCUCAGGACUACAUGGCAGUCUUAGUGAAUCCAACUGGAAAUUUACAGGUUCGAUACAAACUUGGAGGUGCUAAAGAACCAUACAACAUCAAUGUAGAUCACAGGAAUGUGUCAAAUGGACAGCCACACAGUGUGAAUAUCACACGGGUAGGAAAAGACAUUGUUUUCCAGCUGGACCUUUAUCCCCCAGUAAGCUACACUAUACCAGGACCAUCAAGCCUUCAGUUCAGCUCACUGAAGUCACUCUUUCUAGGAAAAGUAAUAGAACUCGGAAAGAUUGAUCAAGACAUCCAAAAAUAUAACACACCAGGAUUUUCUGGUUGCUUGUCACGUGUGCAGUUCAACCAGAUUACACCACUCAAGGCAGCCUUGAGACAGACCAAUAUAUCCUCUCACAUUUACACAGAAGGAGAACUUAUAGAAUCCAAUUGCGGAGCAAAUCCACAAACCAUCCAACCAAUGUCUUCUGCAACAGACCCUUGGCAUCCAGAUUCAGGUGCUGAUCUUCCUUACAAUGGUCAAGUAAUAGGAAGUGGUGUUAACAGAAAUUCAGCAAUUAUUGGAGGUAUUAUUGCUGUUGUGAUCUUCACCAUUCUCUGCACCCUGGUGUUCCUCAUUCGAUACAUGUUCCGCCACAAGGGAACCUACCAUACCAAUGAAGCCAAGGGGGCAGAAUCUGCUGAGAGUGCAGAUGCCGCUAUUAUGAACAAUGAUCCCAAUUUUACAGAAACCAUUGAUGAAAGCAAAAAAGAGUGGCUUAUCUAAAAUGAAAUGGGAGGAGGAAACAGCAAGGGUUGGGGUGGGGUUGCGGAAUAUUUAUUUCAACAAGCUCUCUAAUGGAUUCUUGAGCACAUCUAAUUUUGAAAAAGAGAAGAUCAGCACAACUCAAAGUGCAAGUGACAGAAAAACAUUGAGACUGCAAGCCCAAACAAACAGAAAAGAAUAUUGACUUAUCAUGAAUUGCCCUUUUUAUACACAUCUAACCAAGAAAAUAAUCCAAGUUCAAUAACUUGAGCAGUUCAUCAUUUCCAGUAAAUAUUGUUGUCUAUCUGUGCUUAGAGGUGUUUAAAAAUACCUAUCACUACAGGGAUCAUUUUUCAUUUUUUAAAUUCCUUUAGAAUAUAAAUAUUUCUCUCCAGACAAUAAGAUAUCUGUUUCUGAAGCCUAGGAGUAUUCUUGUCUAGCCUUUUAGCAACAUGUUCUAAAAAGCAGCAUCAUGUGAUAAUAUUUGAAACAUACAUUGUCAUUUGAUUUAAUUUG